AGAUACUUCACUUGGUUCGAAGGACGGCCAUGAGGUCACUGCCUCAUCACCUUCAUUGUUUAGAAUGCAAAAUUCGAAGCAGUCAAUAGCUUUUCUCAUAGGAUGUGUGAAAAAAUCUGUGCAAGCCCACACGCAGCUUCUCCCCAGUCUUCGUUGUUCCCCUGCUAGGACACUCACUGGGCGUCCGCCUUGGAUUUCUUCUAUUUGUAAUGGCAGAUUCCUCAUUCCCAAACGUCGGGUUUCUGGGUACGCCCUGGAGCAGUUCUCGGAUGACGAGUACGAGGGUGAUUUCGAGAACCAUCAGGCAUCAUCUACGGUGGCCAAUGUUGACGAGUGGAAAUGGAAACUCAGCAUGCUGUUACGCAGUGAAAAGGACCAGGAGAUUGUAUCUAGAGACAAAAAAGAUAGGAGAGACUAUGAGCAGAUAUCUAAUCUUGCCAAAAGAAUGGGACUUUACAGUGAAUUGUAUGGAAAAGUUAUUGUUGCAAGCAAAGUGCCUCUUCCUCACUACAGGCCAGACUUGGAUGACAAGCGUCCUCAAAGAGAGGUGGUUAUUCCUCUAAGCUUGCAACGGAGGGUUGAAGGUUUGUUGCAAGAAUACAUUGAUAGACUUCAUUUAAAUUGUGAAAAGCUCGCUAACAAUGUGGAUGAUUCAAGUCCAGCUAACAAUGUUGAUAUGGAGGAUAUUACUGAUUCUUUUGUGGAUGAGUCUGUUAUGGAAAAGGUUCUCCAGAAGAGAAGUUUGAGGAUGCGUAAUAUGCAAAGAUCUUGGCAGGAAUCACCUGAAGGCAAGCUGAUGCUGGGAUUCCGGAAAUCUCUGCCAGCAUUCAGGGAGAAGGAAGGCUUACUUCAAGCUAUAGCACGAAAUCAGGUGAUUGUAGUAUCUGGAGAGACUGGCUGUGGUAAAACCACACAACUUCCUCAGUAUGUAUUAGAGUCAGAGAUAGAGUCUGGUCGUGGAGCAUUUUGCAACAUUAUUUGCACACAGCCUCGAAGGAUAUCUGCUAUGGCUGUGGCUGAGAGAGUAUCAGCGGAGAGAGGAGAGCCUCUUGGUGAAACAGUUGGUUUCAAAGUUCGAUUAGAAGGUAUGAGGGGGAAAAACACACAUCUGCUAUUCUGUACCAGUGGUAUAUUACUUAGACGGUUGCUGAGUGAUCGAAACCUGGAUGGUGUAACCCAUGUUUUUGUUGACGAAAUUCAUGAGCGAGGCAUGAAUGAAGACUUCUUACUGAUUGUGUUAAAGGAUCUUCUUCCACGUCGUCGGGAUUUGAGAUUGGUUUUAAUGAGUGCCACCUUGAAUGCUGAGCUAUUUUCCAAUUAUUUUGGAGAUGCACCAACAUUUCAUAUUCCGGGUUUCACCUAUCCUGUGAGAGCUCGUUUCUUGGAAGAUGUUCUAGAAAUGACUGGAUAUAAGUUAACUCCUUUCAACCAAAUUGAUGAUUAUGGUCAAGAGAAACUGUGGAAAACACAAAGGCAGCUAGCACCAAGAAAAAAGAAGAAUCAGAUCACUGCUCUUGUUGAGGAUGCUCUUUCUAAAUCAAGUUUUGAAGGUUAUAGCUCUAGGACCCGUGAUUCACUUGCAUCUUGGUCCCCAGAUUGCAUAGGAUUUAAUCUCAUUGAAGCUGUUCUGUGCCAUAUAUGUCGGAAGGAACGACCAGGUGCUGUUCUAGUAUUUAUGACUGGGUGGGAGGAUAUAAGUUGUUUAAGGGAUCAGCUCAAAUCUCAUCCUCUCUUAGGAGAUCCUAAUAGGGUUCUGCUUCUAACAUGUCAUGGUUCAAUGGCAACUUCUGAACAGAGACUCAUAUUUGAGAAACCACCACCAAAUGUAAGGAAAGUGGUGCUUGCAACAAAUAUGGCAGAGGCAAGUAUUACUAUCAAUGAUGUAGUGUUUGUAAUUGAUUGUGGAAAAGCAAAAGAGACUACUUACGAUGCUUUGAAUAACACACCUUGCCUACUACCUUCUUGGAUAUCUCAAGCAUCUGCUCGUCAAAGAAGGGGGAGAGCAGGUCGUGUACAACCAGGAGAAUGCUACCACCUUUAUCCCCAAUGUGUUUAUGAAGCGUUUUCUGAAUACCAACUUCCUGAGCUACUGAGAACACCCUUGAACUCUCUUUGCUUGCAAAUAAAGAGUCUGCAGGUUGAGAGCAUAGGAGAGUUCUUAUCAGCAGCUCUACAGGCACCAGAGCCACGGGCUGUCCAAAAUGCUAUCAAUUUUCUCAAGAUGAUUGGAGCGUUAGAUGAGAAGGAAAAUCUUUCUAAUCUUGGGAGGUUUCUCUCAAUGCUUCCAGUGGAUCCCAAGCUGGGAAAAAUGUUGAUUGUGGGUGCUAUAUUUCGUUGCUUUGAUCCUAUUCUUACAAUAGUUGCCGGCUUGAGUGUCAGGGAUCCUUUCCUUCUGCCCCAAGACAAGAAGGAUUUGGCAGGGACGGCAAAGUCUAGAUUUUCUGCGAAAGAUUACAGUGACCAUAUGGCUCUUGUCCGUGCAUACGAGGGAUGGAAAGAUGCUGAAAGAGAAGGGUCUGCUUAUGAAUACUGCUGGAGAAAUUUCCUCUCUGCCCAGACUCUUCAGGCUAUCCAUUCUCUUCGGAAGCAGUUUGGCUUCAUCUUAAAGGAAGCGGGUUUGGUAGAUUCAGAUGCAAGCAUUAACAACAAACUGAGUCACAAUCAAUCUAUGGUUCGUGCAGUCAUUUGUUCUGGCCUCUUUCCUGGCAUAGCAUCAGUAGUGCACAGGGAGACGUCUAUGUCAUUUAAAACAAGGGACGACGGCCAGGUUUUAUUGUAUGCAAAUUCAGUGAAUGAGCGCUGCCAAACCAUUUCUUAUCCAUGGCUGGUUUUUGGUGAAAAAGUAAAAGUCAAUGCUGUUUUUAUACGUGAUUCCACUGGUGUGUCUGAUUCAGUACUUAUCCUUUUUGGCGGCGCCCUAGUUAACGGGACACAGGCUGGACAUCUAAAAAUGUUGGAUGGCUAUAUUGACUUCUUCAUGGAUCCUAGUUUAGCUGACUGCUAUAUGAAGCUAAAGGAAGAGCUUGAUAAGCUUGUCCAAAAGAAGCUGGAAGAUCCCAAGACCGACAUCCACAAGGAAGGGAAGUACUUGAUGCUUGCUGUCCAGGAACUUGUGGCGGGGGAUCAAUGUGAAGGAAGAUUUGUAUUUGGCCGAGAAACAAGGAAGCCGAAGGUAGCUAAUGAUGAGAGUAAAUUCACAAAAGAUGGGACAAACCCCAAAAGCUUGCUACAAACACUGUUGAUGCGUGCAGGGCAUUCUCCUCCCAAGUACAAAACAAAACACCUUAAAACAAAUGAGUUUAGGGCACUGGUGGAGUUCAAAGGAAUGCAGUUUGUUGGCAAACCCAAGAGAAACAAGCAGCUAGCAGAGAGAGAUGCUGCUAUAGAGGCAUUGGCUUGGUUGACUCACACCUCUGAAAAUAAUCAAGAUGAAGAUGAAGACAACAGCUCUCGCCCUGAUGUCACUGACAACAUGCUAAAACUGCUAGGGAGACGCAGAAAAUCUAAAGGUCGCUGAUCCUUGAUGGCUUUGUAAGAAAAGUACAUAUAUCGAGAUGGUUGAGAUUGGUGUGUUUGGCAUGGCUUUUAGAAGCUCGAAAGCUAGUUUGAGAAGGCAAAAGGCCCCUUGAAACCUUGAAUGAUGGGAGAUAGCUCAUGUGGCCAGGUACAAUUUGUAACAUCAUGUCAAACGCCUACUAUAUAUGAUUUCAUUGAUGUUUCAUAGACGGCUUCUAAAGUGAGGUUGUCCCAUCGUUUUCCUUUAUUGAAUUGGGAACCCUGUAAAAUGCUUUGCAGUUAUGGUUCAGGUUGGAUAUUGCAACAUACUUUAGAUGGACGUUAGUUCUCAACCCAAAGAAGUUGAAAAAAACUGACAACAAUAAUGGGGGGGAAAUGAGCAUAGGGGAAGAAAAAAUGUGAGAUCUUCAGUAUGAUGUUCUGAUAAGUUUCUUUUGCUUUCCCCAUAUUCUCCCUUUUGAGAGUUGACUCAUAGAUUGAGAGGAGCUUUCGCAUAGGAUAACUUUGAGCUUAAAUUGUACUGAGGAACUCUAUUAUGUAGAUUGGUUUUUGCUGGCAUCAGAUAUGUAUUUCUGAUAUAAUUUAUGAACGUACACAGGUUAUCUAUUAGGCAAAUAUGGAAGCACAUGACAUGUAUUUCUUUUGGCUUUGUCCAAUAAUGAUAGUGUAUAAUUUCUUCUUUCUUUAAUGGAACUAGUUGCCUAUUACUGCCAUGCUUUUUUUUUUUUUACUGUUUAUGAUGGUUCUACUGAUUUAAGUCUUUCCCA